CGCCGUUGUUGUAUGACGUGUUACAUUUAUUUCGUUUAUUUUACCGGAAAUUUUAAUAUAAUAUUAAAAAAGAAAAAGUGUUGUAAUUCUAAAUUGAUAAAGUAACGGACUGUUAUCAAAUGAUGUUUUAAAUCGUUACCGUUCAUGGAAAAAAUUAAUUUACAAAACACAUCCAAAUGGCUACACCUCUACCAACAGUACCAACCGACAUAAAAACUUGAUGAAACGAAAAAUACCUUAAUUUUGAGCAAAGUGCGCAACUUUUUCUUUGUUUAGAGAUCUGCGCAUCCUAGCAAAUGCCAUAAUUAUAAUUGUCGUUUGUCAAAUUUUACGUCAUUGUUAGAGGUUCAAGAACCUUUACAUAAAAAUAUUUUGAAUAUUUAGUUUUUAUAUAUAAUAAUGGAAACUGAAACUGAGGAAAAAGCUGACAAUUACAGGGAAUAUCCUAUUUGUAGGACCUGCUUAAAUGUCAUUCGUAGUAGAUCUUAUAGACUUCAAGAAAAUAGUGGUUUUGGUGACGCGUUAAAAAUUUCUCAUAUAUUAAGAUACAUAGUACCUGAAUUGUACCUUGGGCUCUCACAUUCUCCAGAAAUAUGUGGAAACUGUCGCGAAAGUCUACGAGUAGCUUACACUUUUCGAAAAUUAUGUCUCGAAACCGAAACAAUGAUAGGAAAUUAUUUAAAAAACGUAAGAUGUACAGCCCAGGUAAUAGACUUGGGCGCUGUUAUAAAUUAUUUAAGUAAGAAGAAGGUACGUCAAACUGCUCAGAAGAUUAUAUCAGAAUGGGAAGACGAUUCCUCCGAAGACCUGCCUUCUACUAGUGAAACGCCAUCAAGCAAGAAAAUUCCCAUAAGCGACUUGGAAUCCAUAAAACAUGUUGUCAAACAAUUAUCCCAAAAAUCUGUAAAAUCGAAAGAGAAAAAAGAUAUUGAAAGUACUCAUUCCACAUUAGAAGCAUCACACACUGAGCCAGUAAAAAAUCCGACUGAGCCAGUAAAAGAUAACAUCGAUCCGCUUAAUGUUAAAACGGUAAUUUCAAAAGGAGCCUUCCCGAAAACAGAUCUCUUGAAAUUUGAUGCUAAAUCUGGAUUUUUUUUAAAUAGCGCUGGAAGAAAAUUUAUCAUUAGGGAUGAGAAAGCCUUUAUGAUAAAUGAUACACAAGAUUUAGUAGUAGCUGACGCAACUAAAAAUACAAAAACUUAUACAAGCGUCAAUCCAAUUGAUGAAAACAAGAAAAUUUUAAUUAAUAAAGCAGCAAUUAAGAGUAACUUUGUAAAACUCACAAAAUGUACAGAUCAAACUCAUGAUAGAAACGAAUCAUCUGAAUCUGACACUUUUUCAAUAUCUGAUUCUGACAGUUCUUCAGUAAUUGAAUUUCCUCCAAUAUCAGAAUCUCCUCCAAUAGCAACAUCUCCCCCAAUAGCAAAAUUUCCUCAAAUAGCAAGAUCUUUUUCAAUAGCUGAUUCAAUAAUUGAAUAUCCUCCAAUAGAAGAAUCUGAUUCAAAAGGUGAAUCUGAACCAACUUUAUUGAUGCCAAAACUUCAACAAAUACUGACAGUGUGCGAAGAAACGGGUUUAUUAAAAAAUAACGAAGGCGAGUUUUUUAACUUAGACGGUACGCCAAUGAAUAAGGAGCAGGUGGAAGCUGAAAAAAAUAAAGCGAUAAUACGCGGAGAAACCCUAUUCAAAAUUUCGAAUAUUUGCACAGUUACAGAUGAUGCAUUUGAAUAUGACGGCAAGAAAGAUCAGGAGGAAGAAAUUCCGGUAAAUUUAAUACAAAAAGAUCAAAAACUUGAAACAACAAUUACAAAACAGUUUGGUAAUAUAUCUGUUAAAAAAACUUCAGACUUGCAAAAUCCCGUCGCCGAUAGGAUGGAUAUUAGUGUAGACGAAUCUCUGAAAUCACCUUCCGACGACAUUUUUCUCGUAAAAAACCCAGCACAUAAAACCUACGAAAGAAACUUUUCGAUAACAAAAGACACCUCACAAACUGGGCCUGCACCGCCUUUAAUUAUGUAUUCAUCUAAACAGUCUUUAACGCCUAAUCCUCUUGUGAAUUAUGGAUCGGAUGUUCAACCAGCUUCAGUAAAACCAAAACCGAAGACAAAUAUUUUGAAUUUUUUGAUGAACAAAAGUUUGGGACUGCCGGAAAUGCCUACGAUUCGGUUUAAUAUGGAUUCAAAGGUUCUAAAUAAUAAUCCUGCUAAACCAGAAGCAAGAAGAAAUUAUUCGAUUUUAUCAAAGAAAGCCCCGGACCUUUCAUUCCAUACACCGACGUUUGAUUCCCUCAUGAAUGUAUCUCCAACUGAAAACCUCGAGAACUUGGUAAGAGUUAAAGACGAACCACCGGAUUUUGAUUUGGACAAUUCCUUAGCUCCGGAUAGCGAGGAUACUUUAAGCGCUCCGGAUGUUGAGGAACUUGAUUCGUGGCAGAAUAUUAUAAAUUCUUUGGACGAUAGUAACAGUAAUUAUGUAGAUGUUCCGGACUUUGUGAAGAUCAACAAUGUUAAUAUGCUGGAAAUGGAACAAUUACACGAAGAACAUUAUGCCAAUAACAAUUUGAGUCCAAGCAAUAUAAAUGACAGUCAAAAUAUGACUGAUAAUGUUUUAACACAGAAAAUGUCGAGAAAUAAAGAAGAACCAAUCUUAAAACAGCCUAUUAAUGCGGUAACCGAUAGAGCAUUAUGGGAGAGCUUACCCGAAAAGUUUCCUUACAAUGGUAAAAUGUUAGUAAAAUGUGGAAAUUACUACAAAUUCGAAGAAGAAAAAGCUCCAAAACGGCGCAAAAUUAGAAUGGUCCCCGUUAGCUAUAGUCCCGUUACUCAACAGCCACAACAGCAAGAAAUAGUAGAAGAACAUACAUUCCCGGAUAGAGAAAUUUGUGUAUUAUUCACCAAUUAUUCCUCUGAUGGAUUAUAUAUAAACGAUCAUGAUUACUUGGUGGCUCCCUAUGUCAGGAAUAAGCUAAUAGUUCAUGAAAAGAAAGAUACUUAUUGCAUAUGUUUUAUUUGCGGAUUCAAACACCGAAUGCAAAAUCACGCAAAACAUAUGAAGAUUCAUUCAUCGACUUGUCCUGUGUGCUUUGUCGACGUCCGAACUCCCUACAUGUUAAAUCUUCACAUGAAAUCGCAUGCGGAACCAUGUCAAAUAUGUCUAGGGAUGGUGCCGUUUGUGAAUAUAACUAAACAUAACAAAAUGCAUUAUAAAGGAUACUGUGGUAAAGAAUCAAUAUUCGAAUUAGAAGAUUGUGAAGAUGAUGAAGAGGAAGAAGAAAAUAAUGAGGAUUUUGAAGAAGCCAACCAUUUAGUCAAGACUUGUUAUGUACCGUCUUGCAAAAAUACGUCAAAGAAUUCUGCAAAAAUAUUUGUGAAUGUUCCGAGAAGAAAUCAUUUAAAUUGGUUCAAAUUCGUUGGAAGAAAUACAGUACCUGUUAAACAAAAUCUGAUUUGGUGUUGUGAAGAUCAUUUUGAUAUGAAAGAGGACUUCCAAAAUUGGCAGGAGUAUAAAUUACUUAAAGUCAAGCUAAGGAUAAAGAAAGGUGUCCUUCCUCACAAAUUUAUUGAUACCCCUUCUAUUAUUAACAAAGACUACUCACAGCUUGACGAUGAAUCAAAAAAAUUACGAGAAGAAAAUAUGAAGAGAUAUACUCGUAAUUCAGACAAAGGAGUGAAAUUAGAUGAUAGAAUAAUUGCAGAGGGAGAAUUAUUAAAUGAGCCAACUGAAGAGGAUAAAUGGAUGACUGAAAGGCUACACACUCGCUCUUUAGCAAGUAAUAAAAGUGAUCCUAACCAAAGCAAGGAUCAACCAUCAACAGAUUCCAGUUCAAAUGCCAAACCUGAAUCUGACGAAACGAUUCAAAAAUCAAACAUAAUCACCGAAUCUAACGAUUCAGUUCAAAGACCUCCAGCUACUAGAGGUCGCAAAAGUUUAAGAACUCGAAAGGAGAAAACUCCCAAUAAAAAGAAAAAACAUGAAGAUAGCUCGGAUAACAUUACCCCUACUAAUAAAAGCUGUAUAGCGAAGACUGAAACUGAUGAAAUGACUGAUACGAAUCAAACGUUUAGUGAAGAAACUAAAAACUUGAGCUUCGAAAAAAGUACUGAAAAUUCCGAAGUUCAGAAAGCUGAAAAUGAGAAUAAACCCGCAAAAGAAAAAUCUAGGAAAGUGCGGAAAAGGGCCAGUCGAGAAAUAGAAUGUCCAAGUGAAGCAGAAUUGUCCAGUAAAAGAGUUCUGAGAACAAGGGUUAAGAAAUCGAACAUAGUAAAUGAAAAUGAAAGUGAUCGAUGAUAGGAAGAACAGAAUGGAGAUUGUAUUAUUCAUUGUUAACUAGUUGAUAAUAGUGACAAUUCUGUAAGAAAAAAAGUUUAAAAAUUCAACGUUUUUCAAGUUCAACAUGAAUUCUUUUUGCGAAUAAUUUUGUCGGGCUCUCGACACAUCUGUUUUAACCAAUUGGCGUAGGUCCCAACCAUAGGACACAUUUUCGAUUGUCUGCAAUGAUUGAUUAAUUGUGUUAGCAUAAAAAGCACAAAAAAUUACGAUUAAACACUGUAUUUUCUUCUUUUUAUUGUUAAACUUGAUAAUUUUUCAUCAACGUUUAGUAUGUAAGUAACGUCAAACGUCACCAUUAUCAUCAGAGUAUAGUUACGGUUUGAAGUAGAAAUAGAUUACAUAUAAUUAAAUCUACAGUAUUUUGUGAAAGUAUAUGUUAUUAUAACUAUUUAGAUAGUAGAAUUCUUUGAAUAUUUUUUCAAGAUAAUCUGUUAAAGAUAAAUGUUCAACCAAUGAAUGGGGAGUCGAUGUAUAAUUUUAUUAAAACAUUUGAUGUAUAUUGAAACCCUUUACAUCAUACGAGGUAUAUCUUAACAAAGUUUUUGGGCGCUGCUUUAGAAAGUUAUACUUGCCUAGGAUCUUUAUUUCUUCUUUAUUUUCAUCUUAGAACCAUCUAUAUAAUCACCUACUAAAAUAAAUAUUGGGGCAUACUUGUAUUACACCUGGUAUAAAUGGUAACCCAAUAAAAACUGACAGGCCAAAUAUCUGUGAAACUAUUGAUAAUAAUUAAAAUAAAUCAUUUACACAUUUUUUAAAUGAUGAUGCCUGCCGUUGGAUUAUAACGUAACACUUAAUAAAGAUUAUUAUUAUUAAAGAAGGUGGUCAAACUUUCAUAUUAUGUGGUUGAUUUUAAAGAUAUUUAAUGUCUAAACAAAAUUUGUGAUACAAAAUUAACCAUUUUCAUAUUUGCCUUUUUCACUGUUGAUAUUUAUAAAACAAAGAAAAUAGUUAAUUUGAUUUUUGUUUAAGAAAAACUACAGGAUAGUCAUUUAAAGAAAUCAAAAGAUAAAGGUUAUCUUCGGUUUGACAAUAAAAUAUAGUACAUGCGAAACUUCUAGCCAUAAACAAGUUUCUUUGUAAUGCAGCGUCAUCUACAACUAAGCACAAACACAUAAUCUAUAAGAAUAUAUAGAUUUCGCUUUUGAAAAUAUUGAUAACUAUGUGUUACUAAAAUUAUAGAUGUCGCAAAAGACAAUGUAUUGAUUUAGUUAAAUAAAAUCAUUGUUCCCCAUUUAUAUUGGAAUCAUAUUUAUUUAUAAUAAUUCACAUAUUUUUUUUUAUUAAGAUAAAACCAAAUAGUGUUUAACAUUGUAAUUCUUUCUCGUAUCUAAUUCUUUCCAUUUAUCGUUUUUUAAUACUAUUUUUUGUAAAAUACAUUAUGAAUGUGUGUAAAUAAUAUAAAAUAUUGAAAUCGUA